UUGACGUGUCGAACCAUCGUGUACGACUCACGUCAAAUUCUCUAGAGAUUUUUUGUGAAAUAUUAUCGAAAAGGAAAGUAACAGGAAGCGUAUGGUUUACUCUCAAUUCAUAACAUAAAAUGACACAAAAUAAUUUCAUCGACCCUUGCGUGAUUCCCAUUUAAAUUUGUGCUUUGGUCUAGUGUUCGUACUGAAAUAAUUUUAUACCCAAAGUAGAUCUAGUUAUUCAAGAUGGUUUUAGCUGAUUUAGGUCGUAAAAUAACCACUGCUCUGCAGUCUCUGAGCAGGGCUACGAUUAUCAAUGAAGAGGUACUGAAUUCUAUGCUCAAACAAAUAUGCGCUGCACUACUUGAAGCAGAUGUAAAUAUUCGUCUGGUGAAGAAUCUUCGUGAAAAUGUUCGUGCUGUUAUUGAUUUUGAUGAAAUGGCUGGUGGGCUUAACAAACGGCGGAUGAUUCAAUCUGCUGUUUUCAAGGAACUUGUGAAGCUGGUAGACCCUGGAGUGAAACCGUACCAGCCAGUGAAGGGCAAGCCAAAUGUCGUCAUGUUUGUAGGUCUGCAGGGGUCUGGUAAGACCACCACCUGUACAAAACUUGCAUACCACUACUUGAGGAAGAACUGGAAGUCUUGCCUCGUCUGUGCUGAUACAUUCAGAGCUGGUGCUUAUGAUCAGGUUAAACAGAAUUGUACUAAGGCCAGAAUUCCCUUCUAUGGAAGUUAUACAGAAGUAGACCCAGUAGUGAUAGCCACAACGGGUGUAGAGAUGUUCAAGAAGGAAGGCUUUGAGAUGAUCAUCGUGGAUACAAGUGGAAGACACAAGCAAGAGGAGUCACUGUUUGAGGAGAUGUUGGCAGUUGCUAAUGCUAUUAAUCCAGAUAACAUCAUUUUCGUGAUGGAUGCCACAAUAGGUCAGGCUUGUGAGGCACAAGCUAAAGCCUUCAAAGACAAGGUCGACAUUGGUUCUGUCAUUAUUACAAAGUUAGAUGGACAUGCUAAAGGUGGUGGUGCACUCUCAGCUGUCGCUGCAACACAGAGUCCCAUCAUCUUCAUAGGUACAGGAGAACACAUUGAUGAUCUGGAGCCAUUCAAAACAAAACCUUUCAUCAACAAGCUGUUGGGCAUGGGUGAUAUAGAGGGUCUCCUGGACAAGGUCAAUGAACUCAAGUUGGAUGACAAUGAUGAGCUUAUUGAGAAGUUGAAACAUGGUCAAUUCACACUGCGUGCCAUGUAUGAACAAUUCCAGAAUAUCAUGAAGAUGGGACCAUUCUCACAGAUUAUGGGUAUGAUCCCAGGUUUUUCUCAAGAUUUAAUGUCUAAGGGCAGUGAACAAGAAUCCAUGGCUAAACUGAAACGACUCAUGACCAUUAUGGAUUCCAUGAAUGAGGGUGAGCUCGACCACCGUGAUGGAGCAAAAUUAUUCUCCAAACAACCAACUCGCAUCACAAGAGUUGCACAAGGCUCAGGUGUUACAGAAAGAGAUGUGAAAGACCUCAUCGCUCAGUAUACUAAAUUUGCUGCAGUCGUCAAGAAAAUGGGUGGAAUCAAGGGUUUGUUCAAGGGAGGUGAUAUCGCGAAAAACGUUAACCAGAACCAAAUGGCUAAGCUCAAUCAGCAAAUGGCUAAGAUGAUGGACCCGCGCAUUCUUCAGCAGAUGGGUGGCAUGUCGGGCCUGAAUAACAUGAUGCGCCAGCUGCAACAAGGUUCCAGUGGCAUGAACAGUCUUCUGGGCGGCAAAUGACAGUAGAUGAUUUAUAACUAAGCCACCGAUGCAAUACCUGUAUGUAAUUAAUUAAACUCCUGUAAUAAAGAAUUGGAUGUGGAAAA